CAGAUGCAGUCAUACCUUCAUGGCGCCUCUCUUCGUCCACAUUAUCCCCGGUUAUCAUCACCUUAAACUACUCUCAGGUCCUGCUGUUUGAUGAGGUUAGCUUCAAAGUACCCGUGGAAACAUUUGGCGUGGGCUAAAAAGGACAUGUUCACGUUAAUUUUCUAAAUGAAUAGACCCAAGUGGUGGUUGUAUUUCCUGGUGUAGAGAGAGCUACGUUAACGGUUGACGGGUCACGAUGACAACAGAAGCAGGCUCUGAGACGGAGGUGAAGGAGAACGCUGAGGAGUCAGCCGCACAGCCGGACCCAUCAGAGAAGGCAAAGGAAGACAACAAGGAAGUAGUGGACGUCGCAGGAGAGGACAAGGACAAAGAGAAGGAGAAAGAGGGGAAGGAGGGAAAAGGAAUUUCUCGAUAUCUGCCAACAUGGCUUAAGAAGCAGAAGUCUCAGAGCCAGACCUCCCCGACCAAAGAAGCCCUGCCCACAGAGGAAGAAGUAAGCAAGGCGACACAGGAGGAGGAGGGGCCUGCUCCAGAAGUGAACGGUCACGCAGAGGAAGUGGAAGAGAAGGAGGCAGUGAAGUCAGAGCAAGUGCAGGAAAAAGAAGCAGAAUCUCAUUCGAACGCCAGUGCAGACACUGAGCCUGCCAAGGAAGAGACGGUGGAAGAGAACACUGAGAAAAGUCCUGAAGAGACCAAGGAGGCAGCAGAGGGGGAAGAAGCAGUGGAGCAAAAGAAGGAGCAGGAAGGAGAGGUGAACGGUGAGGAGGAGGGAGGAGAAGGAGGAGAAGGCCAGACCUCCAUUUUCCAGUCUCCUCUUCGACUGGUGAGGAAGACCAAGAUGAAGCUGGUGGUGUGCCACGUGAACCUCCUAGACGGGACUGACUUCUCUUGCGAAGUGGAGAAACGUGCAAAGGGCCAGUUCCUCUUCUUUAAGGUGUGUGAGCAUCUGAACCUCCUGGAAAAAGACUACUUUGGUCUGUCAUACACAGACAGCCAUGAGCAGAAGUGCUGGUUGGAUCCCACCAAGGAAAUCAAGAGACAAAUACGCAGUAACAAUUGGCAGUUUGCAUUCAACGUCAAGUUCUACCCUCCUGACCCCUCCCUGCUCACUGAAGACAUCACCAGGUACCUGUUGUGUCUGCAGCUGCGUGAAGACGUGGCCACAGGUCGGCUGCCGUGCUCAUUUGUCACCCAUGCUCUGCUGGGCUCUUACACACUGCAGGCAGAAUUUGGUGACUACGAACCCGACCAGCCUCGACCUCUGGACUACAUCAACCAGCGGACCUUUGCGCCCAAUCAGAACAAAGAGAUGGAGGAGAAGAUUCUUGAACUUCACAAGUCUCACAGGGGGAUGACACCAGCAAUGGCCGACACCCAGUUUCUAGAAAAUGCUAAGAAACUGUCCAUGUACGGGGUGGACCUGCACCAGGCUAAGGAUUCUGAGGGUGUGGACAUCAUGCUAGGUGUGUGUGCCAACGGCCUCCUGGUUUACAAAGACAGACUUCGGAUAAAUCGCUUUGCUUGGCCCAAAAUACUCAAGAUUUCAUACAAGAGGAACAACUUCUACAUCAAGAUCAGACCAGGAGAGACGGAGCAGUUUGAGAGCACGGUGGGAUUCAAGCUCCAGAACCAUCGGUCUGCCAAAAGGCUGUGGAAAGUCUGCGUGGAGAAUCACAGUUUCUUCAGGUUAAAUUCACCGGAACCUCCCACAAAGGCCCGCUUCUUGACUCUUGGCUCUAAGUUCCGUUACAGUGGGCGAACCCAAGCUCAGACCCGCGUAGCCAGCUCCCUCAUAGACCGACCCGAGCCCAACUUUGAACGCACCUCAUCUAAACGCAUCAGCCGCAGUCUGGAUGGAGCGCCAGUUAUCAGCAUAACUGAGGCGGGCAGGGACACGACUGAGAACGGACGUGAUCCCCACCUGGAGCUCCACUCUGACUCUAAGGUCAAGGAGGUCGACUUAAGCCCUGGUGAUGCAGAUGCAACUCCCACCAAGCAGUCACCUGGAGCCAGUGAGCUCGCCCCCUCUCAGAGUCCAAUGAGAGUGCAUGGGGACAAUAUUUAUGUGAGGCACAGUAAUUUAAUGUUGGAGGACCAUGAUAAGACCCAAGACGAGGUCCUGAAACACCAAGCUAGCAUUAGCCAGCUCAAACGCUCCUUUAUGGAGGCGCCACCUCCCUCUCCUCCUCAGCCCAACCAGUGGGAGAAACGUCUCACCUCCUCCCCCGCUACAACGAUACGUAUUCAACAGCAACAAGUGAGCCUCGAAGAAGAGAUAGCUUCUGCACUUUUCAGUAGACGCUCUGGCACCGGCUUUUGUUCAGAGGCUCUGUCUGCCUGCAGCAUUCCUGAACCAACACUAGAUGCUGUUAUUACCACAUUCUCAUCUACUCCUACUACUUCCACUGCCGUCUGCAAAACUGCUUCAGAGCGCGGGCUCCUUAUUCCCACAACUGCCUCUCUCUUUGGCUCUGAGGCGAGUGUGCCCCAACCGGAGGCAGACGCUGCUGAUAACAGGAUCUCUGAUACCAAAGAACCUGCAAAGACAACUGAAGUUGAAAUCGAAGAAACGGUUGUCGUCCAAGAGGUUUCCAAAGCUCCCAAACCAGGACUUGUUACGGUUACGAUCAGCUCUCCUGAAAUGAAUGAGCAGGAAGCUAAAGCCGAAGAGGAGGCGCUGGUAGCCGAGGGAGCGCAAGCGGUGAAGCAGGAGAGCAUUUCAUCAGACAGCGAGAGUGAAGAAGAAGCAGAGUACCAUCCCAACGUGUCUGUAUCCAUCUCUCAUACACAAAUACCAGAGGAGAAGGAGGAGGAGGAGGAGGAAGACCAGGAGGAGAAAGAGGAGGACACGUCAGCUCCAGACGCUCCUUCUCUGCCAGCUGAAGUCAUCAAACCUGAAGAAGCGAUCGGCCAAGAGGUAGAGGAUUCUAGGAGGGAUGAUGCGCAGGAAAAGACGAGCGCAAAGGAGGGGAAGGAAAGCGAGAAGGAGACUGAGACGAGCACUGACGACCCGAUGAUGACACCCAAAGAAGCUCCCAAUGGUCUCGACUUGCACGAGGAAAGUGUUAGCGAGAUGGUUGCUCCUGUGGCAGCAGAAGAAGAAGAACAGCCCAAAGUGAACGGAGAAGCCUCGCUGGUUGAAGCAGAAGUGCGGCCGCAGGUUAUUUGUUGCUCUGAGCCGCCCGUGGUAAAGACAGAAAUGGUGACUAUAUCAGACACGUUUGCAGCCCAGAAAACUGAGAUAGCUACAAAAGAAGUGCCCAUCGUACAUACGGAAACCAAGACCAUCACAUACGAGGCCGCACAGCUUGAUGGUAACGGUGAUGGCGAGCCUGGAGUGUUGAUGACUGCUCAGACAAUCACCUCUGAAUCUCUGUGCACAACUACAACCACACACAUUACCAAGACCUUAAAGGGUGGCCUAUCAGAGACGAGGAUUGAGAAACGCAUCGUCAUUACUGGUGACUGUGACAUCGACCACGACCAGGCACUGGCCCAGGCCAUUAAGGAGGCCAAAGAGCAACAUCCUGACAUGUCUGUCACCAGAGUGGUGGUUCAUAAAGAAACUGAACUGGCUGAGGAAGAGGAUUGACAGAACGCAGAGCUGAAGGGCCCAUCGUGACUGUUUUCUCUGUUGAUGUCAAACAACCUCCAUCACCCUAUGACAACCAAUGUUGACCGACCGAAGAGAAGAAGAAAAACAAAAAGAGCUGACAAACACGGGGAGUUGUAAACAAACGGAGGGAAGUUGCCAUUCUCCCAGUCGCUCUUUCUAACACGUCUUUGGUGCAUCUAAAACCCCUCUCACUCCAAAAAACCAAGAAAAAAGAAAAAGAAUACCCUCACUCUUUCUGAGGGGAAACAAGAUAGAACCACUUUGUUAGUUUAACAUUUGCAGCGUGUUUUUAUUGUUUUUGUUUUUUUUAAUAGUGUUUUUUUUUUUUCUUUAACGGUUUGUUUUACAAACAGAGCGAUGAUAGUGUCAGUCAUAUAAUGCAAGAAUUAUAAGCUGUAGGGAUGCACUGGUAACCAAUCCUGAUGUGAUACACGGCUCAUUGUUUAUCAUUCGUCAUCAUUACGGAGGUUUUCACACCAGUACCAGUGACUUUCAGUAACAAACAGAAAAAUGCUUUAAAAAGUGUCAAAACGUUUUAUACUUGGAGUCUGUUUAAUCAGUGGAAAGGGGAUAUUGGUGCAUUCCUGAAAAAAAAAAGGUUUUAUUAAAUUACAGCUCCCUCUUCAUUACAUUAUUGUGCAAAUGGAAAGUUUUAUAAAAUAACUGAGUAAUUUCAUUAUUUACAGUAACAAGUAUAGUUCAAAUAUCUUACUCAUUAAAACACAUUCACAGUCAACCAUUUGUAAUCCUCACAUUUGAUUGUUUAAAAAUGAAGAAAAUCAGGAGCUGUAACUUAAAAUAUCACAGGUAUAAAAAAAUAAAGCAACCAACCAAGUUAAUGAUUUUUUAAAAAUUCUUUACUUUUAUUUUCUUUGUAUGUCUAGUUUUUAUUCAUCCACAUUCCUCGUGUGUUAACUAGCCACUUGGUGAGUUCAUGUUCAGUUCAAAACACCUUUUACUCGACUAUAAGAAAACAACAUUUCAGCGUUUUUACAAUGGGUGGGAAUUAGAGGAUCUUUAUUUGGGUUGGUGGGUGUGACUUAAAUUAAGCUGGAGAAGCCAAACCAUGCAGCUGGGAUUUUUUCUAUUUGAUAAGUUUGACUGUAUUUUAAUAGGCAUGAAUCUGAACUGAAGAUGAACUGACUUACAGCUGGUGUAUACUACUUUCUGUGAAGUACAAAUGAAGGUUUUUAGAUGGGAGCAGUUAUGCAGCUUUUUUUCAUUAGCGAAACGCUCUCUCUGGGCCCGCCCACUGUACCACAUUAGCCAUUCCCAUCGGGCCACAGGGGAGCAAGGGAGCAGACUUUAGUUUGGGGAUUAGGACCAGUAAACUGAAGCUUAAUUGGGAGAUAGAGGUGGCGUUGUGCAGUAAAAGAAACUUCCAAACUGGGAGUGAAAGAAGACAUUUGUAUGGUGAUGCAUGUUCCACUCAUGUUACUUUGCAUCCUGCAGUGAGUAAAUAAAGCAGUUUAUAAUAUAUUAAGGUUGGUGCUUAAUCCACAAUCUGCAUUUCAAACGAUACAGAAAGAGUUUUGCGUGUGAAAUAAGCACAGGUACCAAAACAAGGGCAACUUGAAACCAGUUCUGUCCCAGUUCAGAUUUGAAUAACUCUGCAUUAGAGCCUGUUUGUCAUCUUAGUUCAGCACUUAGUUUCACUCUCAGCUUCUUUUCAUACAUGAUUAGAAUAUACCAAUAAAGCUAGAAAAAAAAACAUGGGAUUAAAUUCAGCAUGUGUUCACAUUUCUAUCUUGCAAGAGUAUCUUGAGUGAGUCUAGAUAGAAGGCUACUGUGAUGAUUGGUUUGAGAGUGUGUAGAGUGUGUAGUAACUGGCUGUGCUGUAACUGUUUCACCACAACCAAAUAUUCACAAGCAUGAAAGGGAUAUCAUGUCCAUUAUUUCAAAAUGACAGUCAGUUGUAUAUCACACUUUUAAACCACACACAAACAGAUCUGUGGUGUUCAGUACACUACAGACACACAUGGAAACAGUUACAGCAGAACUGUAAAAUGCAGCAUCAAAGGGAAAUGUAUCCGAGGGUUUGAAGUGCUCUUGAGACCCCUGAAUGGAUUCUUUUCAUGUUUUAUUCAUUUUCUGUCUUUUUACUCAAAUGUGCAGCCGAACAUUUCCACUAAAUGCAGCUGUGUUAGUAUUGGUGGCAUUAAAUAGGUUACAAGAAGGUGCUUGGUCUGAAGCACUGAGUCGACUCAAAACAAAAAUGGAUGAAUGGAAUUAAACUGAUUGUAAGUAAAGAAAUUCCACAGAUUAGUAUAAAAAAAUUCCACCUGUACCUGCCUAGAUUUGUUUGAUCCACCAAUCUAACAUGUUGGAAUUUUGAAUUGGAGUCAAUCAAAUAAUUACAUUUUUGUCUUAAAAAAUGAAACGACGGAGUGGUAAUGACAGUCUUGGCUUUUAUUGUGAAACACUGGUCUGACCGCUACUAUGCAGUCAAAUAACAUUCCAGUUGAUGGCACGCUUUAAUCUCUGACCCUCUUGCAAAGAAAUGAAGCAGCAGAAAUAAACAUUUAAGAAUCUUUAGGCAGCUUUGGACGCUUUUGCUCCUCUACGAUUAAAAUCUGUAGCUAUGUUUGUAGAUGUUCUAAUUUUGUCUUUUCUCUGUGAAGCUGGUCUAGUUGUCAAAAGAUGGGAUUUGUUGUGCACUCUCUUGGAUAUUUUUUAAUAUUGUCACCGUGGUUUUGACAGGAACACCACUACAAAUCAUUUCCACAACUGAUUCUUUUUUUUUUUUUAAACUUCUAGCCCCAUGUUUGGCCUCUUUUCAGGGGUCUGGGCUCUGUUUUCACUCAUCACAGGAGCUUUGGGACAGCGAGGUUGAGGUUUUCCAAAAUGCUGACUGAAAAUAAUCUCAGAAAAAAUUGUUUUACAAUCAAUGACUUUUAAGAAAAUACAAAAAAAAACACAGACACAGUUUUAACAUUUUCUGUGGUCGCCAUGCCACACAAAGCAGCCCAUGAUGAUAUAAUGCAAGCUGAUUUUCAAACUGUUUGGGUUCUGAACAUAGAGACAUCAUGGAGGGAAAUAUCACACAGAAAAAGUAACAUUAUACUGCCAUCGUAGUAGAUAUUAUUGAUAAAAUAACCUCUCUCUGUAUUUGAGGCUAAUGAAGCUUUAAAAGGCAAACUGAUUGGACUACACUCUUCACACAUCUCAGGCUUUGUUAUACAGUUCGGUCACAUGAAAAAAAGAGAAAGGUCAGUUAAUACCAGCACAAUUUUGUAUUUUAGCUACGCAAAACUUUGUAAAGAAAGACAUUUUGGAAAACCGCACCACAGCUGCCUCACGGUUUCACUCUUAGCCAAUCAAUGAUCACUGUAGGUUUUUUCUAUCUAGCAGCUUGUUUGUCUUGUGUCUCCCCCACACGCAGCCACUCCUCCCCUGUGUAACACUGUUUAAAUAAAGGAUUGUUAUACUCUGAAA